GCUAUGACCUGGGAUACCGCCGGAUAUACCUGAGGAUAACGGGAGACAUAUCCAUUACUCCUGACAGGACUUCGUCGUGACGGGAGGAAGCCAACAUAACCUCUUCGAGGGUCUUUGACGAUAAGAUGUACCCCAGUGCCGGUAUAAACGCUGCGGCAGCUGUGGCUGUGGCAGCUGCAGCACGGCACCCGGGUCCACCGCAACCCGGGCAGCAAAUUAAAUUCACAGUCGGAGAAUCCUGCGAUAGGAUCAAAGAAGAAUUCAACUUCUUGCAGAACCAAUGCCAUGCGUUGAAGCUCGAGUGCGAGAAACUGGCCACGGAGAAGAUCGAGAUUCAGCGGCAUUACGUGAUGUAUUACGAGAUGUCGUACGGCCUAAACGUGGAGAUGCACAAGCAGGCCGAAAUAUCGAAGAGACUGAACGCAAUCAUCGCACAGAUUUUGCCCUUCCUGUCACAAGAACAUCAACAGCAGGUCGCCACCGCUGUUGACAGGGCAAAACAGGUCACGAUGACGGAGCUGAACUCCAUAAUUGGGCAACAGAGACCUGAUAUAUCAAGACUGCUGCAGCAAAUGCAUGCUCAACAACUGCCACCGGGGACGGCUUUAGGCGCUCAUCCAGGGCUACCCGGACUUCCGGGACUAGGACCAGCUGCUGGACUUCCGGUGCCGACUUCCGCCUCCUCUGCUCUUCUUGGUCUCGGCCUAACGCCGGGGGCAGCCACAGCACCCGGCACAACAGCAGCUCAUCCGCUGUCGAUGCUAAGUAAACCGGAACUGCAUCGUGGCCAACCCGAUGAUUUAAAGAGCAAUGGCGGUCUCAGCUCGACCGAGGAGAGACACAGGAGCUCGAUAUCGCCCGGUGAUAAAUACAGUCGUCCGCGAACACCGCAGGAGACGCAUCAUUCCCAUCAUUCGCAGAAUCACCAUGACCAUCCCAUGCACAUCAAGAAGAUGAAGAAGGAGCAGGACAAGGACAUCGGUCAUAGCGACGGUGAAAAGAGCGAUCAGGAUUUGGUUGUGGACGACGCGAGCGAGGGACCAACGAGCCCGGUAGUAAACGGCACAACGUCACCCCGAGAGAACGGUCUCGACAAAGUUGCACCCAUGGGUGCCGGUGUUCAAACGAAGAAAGACGUUCCUCCGCAUUCGCCGAGAAGCGGAACAAGUAGCAACGCGAGCACACCCUCCGCUAAGAAAAUGGAGGAACGGGAGAAACCAACGACACCGAUCUCCAAACCAUUGACGCCCACGUCAGGUUCCGCGAUCGGCGGUGGUUUGAAACUAUCGGCAUCGGCCAAGCUGCUUCAGGGUCCGCCACCUCCCGGUGUACCCAGCGCGUAUCCACCGCACUAUGCUCCUGGACCACCACCUCACCAUCUGGCACCAGCUGGCCAGCAUCCACACGUCGACAUGAUGGGUUACAAUGGCUACGCGGCGCCUAGAGCACCACCUUCGCUCCAACAGCUCUACGAUCCCCACGCGGCCAUGAGAGCUCCCAUGGGAUCCGUCGGAGUACCCGGAGGCAAACCCGCGUACAGCUUCCACGUGUCGAGCGAGGGCCAGAUGCAGCCGGUGCCCUUCCCACCGGAUGCGCUCAGCGGACAAGGGAUACCGCGUCAUGCGCGGCAAAUUAAUACCCUCAGCCACGGGGAGGUCGUGUGCGCUGUCACGAUCUCCAAUCCGACCAAGUAUGUGUACACCGGCGGCAAGGGAUGCGUCAAGGUCUGGGACAUAGGCCAGGGCGGCACGGGAAGCACCAAGUCGGUCUCACAGCUCGACUGUCUGCAGCCUGAUAACUACAUCAGGUCUGUGAAGCUGCUCCCGGAUGGCAGGACGCUGAUAGUCGGCGGUGAGGCCAGCAGGCUGAGUAUCUGGGAUCUGGCGUGUCCAACCCCAAGGAUCAAGGCCGAAUUAAUCUCUUCCGCUCCUGCGUGUUACGCUCUCGCGAUUUCGCCGGACUCGAAGGUUUGCUUCAGCUGCUGCAGCGACGGCAGCAUCGCCGUCUGGGAUCUCCAGAAUCAGUCUCUGGUCAGACAGUUCCAAGGUCACACAGACGGUGCCUCCUGUAUCGAUAUCUCCGCGGAUGGUUCGAAAUUGUGGACCGGCGGAUUGGACAACACCGUGCGUUCUUGGGAUCUGCGAGAGGGAAGACAGCUGAAGCAACACGACUUCACGUCGCAGAUAUUCUCGUUAGGUUACUGUCCCACGGGAGAAUGGCUAGCUGUGGGCAUGGAGAACUCGAACGUAGAGGUGUUGCACGCCUCCAAUCCCGACAAGUAUCAGCUACACCUGCACGAGUCGUGUGUACUAUCGCUAAGAUUCGCCUCCUGCGGCAAGUGGUUCACCUUGACUGGGAUUCCACUGGUGGCCGGUGUCCUCACGAACGACGUGUCUUGUUCCUGUUUUCAGUCGAAGGAAUCGUCGUCGGUGCUGAGCUGCGACAUAUCCGCGGACGACAGGUACAUCGUUACCGGUUCAGGUGACAAGAAGGCGACCGUCUACGAGGUCAUGUACUGAACAUAGAUACCGCAACGACGACACCACACCACAGACCGAACGAACUCAUCCCGUACCCGAGAGAACUCUUCUCAGCGUGGGUGUACAUAGUUCUUAUACGAUAUUACGAGAGACGUUUGUUGCCGUUGUUCUUGUUAUUGUUGUUGUUGUUACUCUUGGUGAAAAGAAAAGGGUCCGUGCAAGAAAGAGAGGAGAGAAAAGGAAGGAAGCAAGCAUGAAAACGAGCCGAGCGAACCGGAGUAAAGAAGACGAAGAAAGAACCGUGUUGUGUGCAAUCGUAUGUUAAAUUAUGAAUUAAAUUAUAUGCUCGAAGUAAUUUCUACUGAGAAAACCAAAUCGAGCUCUAGCGUGAUUUUAAAGGAAAGGAACAGUUUCGUGACAUCGACGACGAAGGAAGUGGUAACUCCUUCGAAUCCGAUUCGAUGAAUUUUUAUCGCAUUCGACAGAGACUGCGAAGAAAAAACAAAAAACGAGAGAAGUUUCUCUCGGUCCCGACAGGCUCGAAACUCUUGCAGACACAAAACAGUUCGUUCCGCUCGUUUUUCCCGCGCGUCGCCGCCAUUUUGGCCCGAUACUCCGCGGGGUUAAUUAGAAAACAGAAACGCUGGCAUUCGUAAUUCGCGUUUUCUCUGUACAUUUUGUAUAUACGUAUACAUAUUAUAUAUAUAUAUAUACACACACACACCGUCAGUCUUAAGUAAGGUUAUACCAUGAUAUUUUUCUACGUCCCCUAAAAGUGAGACGGAAAGCGACGAGUAAAGUAGAAGCAGAAACAGACAGGAUACAAGGAAAAAACGAAUAAAAAAGAAAAACAAACAAAAA